AUGUCGGACGUGACCCAUCCAGAGACAGGGGCUUUGCUGUCGACCGACGCAGAGGACGAGGGACGCAUCAAUGACCCGGGUCUAAUCUCCGAAUUGUUUGGAGCCCAUCCCACGGCAUUGUCUAAAUCUUUGCUGGGCUUUUGCUUAUUCCUCAUUCUCCUUCUAUCUGUUUUCAUUGGAUUAUAUGCUGGCGUCCAAAGCAGACUUUCGCGUGUCCUACGCUCUGCCCCCACCAUCACUGAGACUUUCAAGUUUACCACCAGCGAACUUAGGACGGUAGUUCGGACAGUGACGUCCACCAGAACCAUUACUCUGCCACCCCCGACUCCUUCACCGACAGUGGAAACUUGCAUUGCUCGGGAUUGCGUUGUUCUUGCAGCAGACGUCGUCAAAGGUUUCAACAACAGCAAUGAUCCUUGCGAGGAUUUUUAUGAGUAUGCAAAUGGGGGAUGGGAUAUUUCAACUACUAUCCCUCCUGGGCGUUCUUCGCACUCGCGAUUUGAUGAAGUUGCCGAGGCAAACAUCCGCACCAUUGAGGGCAUAUUGAGGCGGCCGCUGUCGUCGACAGCUUCUGUCCUAGAGGCUAGGGCUCUUGCGAAGCUGCAGGAUUUCUAUUCUUCGUGCUUGAAUUUGAACGCGCUUGGAGCCGUUGGUUCGGAACCACUUAGAUUAGUUGUCAGACGCAUACGUGAACUCCUACCAGACCUGCUAACAUAUCAGAGACGUGAUUCAAGCCCCCUAGAUUUAACUGACGCGAUGGCCUUCCUUCACUCUAUCAAUAUAGAAGUUUUCUUCUCUACUGUGUUUGAGGGGCAACUGAAGGGAAACCCGGACGAGAUUGCGCUCUGGCUCAAAAACCCUUCCCCCCUCCUUCCCAGAAGGGGUUUGGAUGAGGAGGGGGUCUCUAAUUACAGAGCGGCCCUCUUCGACUUCUUCUAUGAUCUGGAUGAAGAGUCGCCUGAUGAGGCGUAUGCUUGGCCGCCGUGGCCUUGGCCACCCCACAAGCCCACCCCCGAGAAUCGUACUAGUAAAGCCCGCAGACUGAGCGAGGCGACUGUGCUGUUCGAAAGUCAAUUGAUUAAAUACAUGACUGUCCCGGACGAGCCUGUAACUUCGAACAUUUCCUAUGUGCAACUCCCGAUUGAGAACCUCACAUCAACCAUGGCGUAUUUGGACUUGCCCGGCUUUGUUGCCACUUUUCUCCCCACGAACUUUCCAAAAACCAUUAUCGUUCAGGAUUUAGUUUAUUUACAAGGUCUUAACGAGCUGAUCGCAGCCACAUCGGCCGAAGUGAUCCGUGCAUAUCUCAUUGCUCAGGUUUCCCUCGCCCUAUCCGAGUAUUUGGAUCUUAACACACGACCAUACAAAAUUCUGAAGACUUUGCGCGAAAAGGUUCAUGGGGUGGUCCCUGAUUCUACGUUGGCAAGAGAAGCCUUCUGCAUCAAUGAAGCUACGGGGAAUCUAGGAUAUCUGAUUAGUUAUUUCUUCGUCAAGGAGACUUUUGAUGAUACUGUUCGCAGGAAGGUUGCGUCGUUAGUGGAUGCACUCUUCAAUACUUUCAUCGAAUCGUUCAUGAAUUCCACCUGGAUGGAUGAGUCUACAGCAACGUUUGCAAUGCUCAAGAUGAGAGCGAUGAAAGUAAAACUAAGCUACCCCGAUGUUCGCCCCAAUGUUAGCGAUAUAAGAUCAACACUCCAAUAUUACUCUUCCGUGGAUAUCGUUCCUGAGGCUUUCUUUACGAACCUUAUCCAAGCAAGGUGGAGUCCGCGUGGCACACGGUUGUGGGAGGAGACUGAAUCGUUGUGUGCCUGGGUUAUUAGAGUAAACCGACAAAUCAAGAAGUGGGCAACGUUGGGCGACAACCGCGAUGUGAACACUUGGAGCCUGAACCCGAUAACCGUAUCCAUAUCAUACAGACUUCACUCCAACAGCGUUGAGAUACCCGCGGGUUCUUUGUUCCUGCCUUUCUUCUCUCGUUAUGUACCCGACUAUAUGGUGUACAGCGCGUUAGGAGCAUUAGUUGCACAUGAACUUGCGCACGCAAUUGAUACCCUGGGCAGUAAUUAUGGUAGUCGUGGUCAACUGCAACAAUGGUGGACCAACUUGACCCGGUCAAAUUACGACUCAAAGAGGGAUUGUAUCUUGGGUUUACAUCCCGAUUCACAAUGUUAUCGAGACGGUCAGAUCGACUUCGACCCGAAAUCAAGGGAGACCUUCGCAGAUACCGCCAUAAUCUUGGCGUUACGUGCUUGGAAGUCUCAGAGCACCCUGGAUAACCUUCUCCCAGGUUUGCGGGACUUUAGUGUCGACCAGCUAUUCUUCAUUUCCUUCGCCAGGAUUUGGUCAAGUUCGUCGAUAGCAUCCCGCCCCUCAAAUUAUGUCUCGAUAAAAGAUAGGGUUCAUAAUGCACUGAAAAAUAUCCCAGAAUUUGCAGCUACUUUCAAUUGCUCAGCCGGUGCGACGCUUAAUCCACUUUCACGAUGUCUGGUUUGGUGAUGGGGCUGUGAUGAAAAGGGCCUUGGUUGAAUACGAGACAUCCCCAAUCUAUGUACAAUUAAUACGGGUUAUACAAGCUAUUACAUAUUCGCCUCAGCGAGAGAAC